AUGUCACAACACUGUUUAUUCUGGCACUCUCAGCCCUCAGUCGUGGCUCUGGCACUUUGCUGGAAACUGCCUCCUUACUCCUGUGUUAGUAUCAUCACCAUGGAGACUCGACGCCACGACAGAGGAAGCGGCCGCAUUAGAGCAUGGCUCCUGAUAUGCCUGGCAAGCAUAGUGGCAAGCGGCAUGGUGUCCCAGGUCAAGGCCGAGCGCAUACUGAGGGAGAAAUGGUGCCACUGCGACCUGGAUCCGUGUAUGGAGGACGUGCGUACUGCCGUGAUCGAGGACAGUGAUGUGCCCGAAUGCAUUACCCGGGACCCAGUCGAAGCCACCAGCGCCUCCGCCUCCAACGCCUCGGCGUCUACCGGCUCCUCCGGCGGCACCUCCUCAGCGGACACAAACACGACAACCGCCCCAUCGGCACGAAGGAGGCGAAACGUAGCCGGCUCCGACGAUGACUACGACGACUACGAGGACGAUGACUACGACUACGACUACUCCAAGGGCCUCCCGUCGCCGAACCCCACGGCGGAUACUCCUAUAGAAGACGACGCAGGGGGGGACUUCCUUCCGCCACGCAGCAAGCGAGAAGUCCAAGACGGCGAGAGUGUCAGUACUUUGGAGGCGAAAGAGGGAGGCAUGUUCCACCCCUUAAACGACCGCGUAGUUUUCCCGGGACUCAAAGUGGCUUCGGAUUACGGCUUUGAUUACAACAAGACCACUGAAUCCUUCGGCAACUGCUCGUGCAAGCCAGGCAGCGUCGUAGAAGUGAGAAUGUGUCUUCUUAACCUGGUUUAUACCGACGACCUUGCUAAGCCGACCUCGGAGAAAUACAUGGAGGUUACAGGACGAUUCUUAGGAGAGCUGUCGAGGAUCCUGUUCCGCGGUCUCGUGGGCGAGGGGCGUAUCAUCCUGUUCCGCCGCGCCUUCAUCACGAGCUACGAGAAGCGCUCCGACAACAAGACGACCGCCGUGGCCCAAGUUGACCUGACCUUGAAGCUGUACCAGGCCGAGUACCACGUGAAGAACGGCAUCGAACCGGCCGUGAGGGUGGGGAAGAUCGGCGGAUACACGACCGACCACGAGGAGUGUAUCGAGACCAAGGACAUCACCCCUAAAGAGCCAGUGAUUCGCCCUCCGAUCUGGUAUCUGCGUUAUGCUGCCCUGCCCAUCGCCGCUGCGGUGCUUGUGCUGGUGUGUGCGUGUACCUGCUGCGGAAAGAAAGACGCCUUCUACGUCCGCCUCUGGUAACCAUGGCAACCACCCGCCAGAACCAGGAGUAGGAGGGAGAAGCCGAGGGACGAAUUGCGAAUGUGUGGGUUUUUAGAAGAACGAGGAAGAGGAGGAAGAUGCGAUAAAGGGAGAGAAGGAGAAGGAGGAUAUUAGCAAGAUGAGGACACGAGGCACGAAGAGGAAAACAUCGUCUAUUUUGGAGUAAUGGCAUCCAGCGGAGUGAGAGUUAUAAGUUUACAUUUUUGUGCCACGGAGAAUAAAGUGUGUUUUUUUUUUCUUCUUCUUCUUCUUCUUUCUCUUCUUAUUUUUUUCUCUCUUCUUUCUUUACUUUUAUGAAGGUGAAUCACCCUACAGGUUAGAAUAAAAUAACUGACAGAAUAUCAAGAAAUGCCAAGUGUGAAUCCAUCAUACUGUCUCUCUCACUGUAAACAACAUCCCCGGAGCAACAUCUGGGAAUUUAGUCCGAGAUGCAACUCUAAUAUCAGGUAUUUUGACAAAACAGAUUUAUUCACAUAUACAUAUAUAUUUUUUUUCGAUAGAGGUAAACAAAAGUUAUCGUAUCUCCGGCACGCGGCUCCCCCAGAAUGUUGCAUUCGUAAAGUAUAAAUCACGCUCGGUAAAAUUCGCGAUAUCAAAUUCUGUGUUGAUGGCAGUUUAUCCCCAAGGACGGCACCAAUGUCUCCGGGAGAGAUGUAAGAGAAAUGAUUGCAAAAAAUGCUCAGAAAAAAAGAUCAGAUGAAUGUAUUUUGAAAGCGAAAAAAGGAACCAGACUGCCGUUGAUUUCAAGGUGGAGGAAGGUUUGUUUAUUUUGCUUCGGGAAAAAGCUUCAAGAUGCAACACAAUUUUGAUCACG